AUGCCGUACAGCAUACAGCUGACGGACUAUGCAGCUGGUGACUCGCUGAACGACCUUGACGUAAAGUCCAUUUCUCUAGAUGCCAAUGAUGUGGUUUCUCCUGAUCAGAAGAAAGGAGUGCUUGGUAUCCUGAAACAUAUUGUAGACCAGACAACGCCACUCUUCAAACCUCCUUUUGUCAAGAAUCUUAUCCUGUGCAUUGUUUUAAUGUUUACAAUACUGCUUUGUAACAACACAACUAUUCUGUGGUUACCGGAAGUGCUAAACCGCAUCGCCUUUUACCAGGAGGGACACGGAGGAGAUUCCUACUUAUGCCAGAUGGUGAUGAAAGAACCAGAGGCCAACAUGACAGCAGGAGGUGUAUCAGAGGAGUGUGUAGGAACAGUCAACUCUGCGGUGUUUGUGCCCAAUCUUGUUGUUGGCACAUUGCAGCCAGUAGUAAUGGUGACAGCAGGAUUUGUUGUGAACUAUGUGGACAAGAAGGUACUCAUGGUGGUGGUGAUGAUUUUAUGCAGCGGUGUCUCCUUCUUUUCCACUUGGGUACCAGAAGCAACUCUUGUGAUUGUCAUGUUUGGAGCCAUCCCCAUCAUCAUCAGCGUUAGUUACAACAUACUAACAAGUCUGUUGGUUGAACUCUUCCCAACUUACAUACGAGCAAUGGCUGUGUCACUGGUGAUGGUGUGUGGUAGACUGGGGUCUGCCUCUGGCUCUAAGAUUUUCAGUCGACUGAUAGACUCACAUUGUCCUCUGUUGUUCCAACUUCUUGCAGGUUUGCUCAUAUGUACAGCGAUUCUACCACUCUGUAUAAGUCUGAAGGAUGGUAAACCCGAAAACCUGUUGAACCGCCUCAAACAAAUAAUACUUCCGUUUGAAUUAAAACAUUCAAAUACUGUAAUAAAUUCAGGAUUUCUGAUACGAGGACACAUUGUGUGAUCAGUGUCUGAUUUCAAUGAGUAAAUGUGUCUUACUUUACAAUAGUGCAACACUACAACUACCACUGAGGCCAUCCACUCUAUUGUUGUUGCUGAUAUUUUAGAUAUUGACUUUUAAAAGGCCAAGACCAAAACCUUUUACUUCAGGUAGGAAAUUUGUCUCUAAAGAACAAUGAUCACAUAAACACUUCAUGUAAAUGACAGGCUAUUGCAUUGUAUGGCAAUAAAUCAUAUAAUUUGUUUCUUUAACUAUGUAUGCUAGAAAUGUGCAAUUUAUUUAGCGCGUAGUUAGAAGUUACACUGUUCCCCUUGAAAAAUUCUUUAAAUCAUAUUUCAGUACUUAGUUAACGUUGUACAGGAUUUGCAGAACCUUGUAUAGUUUACCUGUUGAUCAUGGUGUCUAUCCAUUAUGAGACAAAGUCAACUUACUUUCACAGUCAAAUUAAAGUUGAUGCAAGUUAAAAAAUGAAAUAUUUAGCGCCUUUUGUAAACUAUGAUAUACAAAUUAAGUAUAAUAGUACUUACCUCUUUAGCACUUUAAGAAUACUUAAUCAAACAGUAAAAAUAUUACUUAUAUGGGUACUAUGAAGAGCUGUGAUAUUCAUUUUCUAAAACAGACAAGUAAUUAGUCUUAUUAAAAUAUUUUGAAAUUUGUGUUGCUAUAGUUUACUGAGAAUUAGUUUUAAUAUUUUUUAGUAUUGCCUUGAAUAAAAUGUGCUUUAGAAAUAAAAGACUGGAUUUAGUACAAAAAAUGUAAGAAUUUACCUUCGUAACUGGUGCAGAGUACUUUGCAAUAAUUACUGAACCGAAUAAUUAGUAUUGCUGAAUAAAUAGGAAAUGAAGUUGUCAAUUAUUUAAAUUAUUAUAUAGAAGUUAGGAUUUAGUAAAGUUAUCUUUCAGUUAUUAUUGUUUACAUAUGUAUUUUAAAAACAACUGCCUUUAGCUAAUAAAAUUAUGUAAACAGUAUUGUAUACUUUGUAAGCUCUGGAUUUGCCAUUUUAUAGUAAAUCAAAGUUUCUUUGCUAUAAAAACCUUGAAACUAUGUUUUAACCGUUAACCUUAAUAAUGAAAAAAAUUUAAAGUUGUGUUCACACCAAUUUUUAUAUACAUUGUGAUAUUUUAGUGCAUCUCUUACUAAUAUUUAAAUGUUUUAACCCUUUUAGUGUUUCUUUCCAAAUAUUUUUCAUAAGUGCCUAGUUGUUAUAGUUAUUAGUUGCCAAAGUAUACUAAAAUUGCCAUUUCAGUGGCAGUUUUCUCUGUAAAACAGUCUAAGAAAAGUUUACUCUAUCUGUAUAGUUGUGAUUCAGGAAACACUGAAUUUUUUAUGGGUAACGUGUGAUUGUCACACAGCUAGGCUGUAGUUAAUAUAUAGAUGCAUUUACAAGGAAUAUGAAGACAAAGGAUGUAAGAAAAUCCUCACCUCGAGGUUUACAAACACAAGAUCAGUUGAUAUCUGCCUUUAUCAAAGAUAAAUUGCUCUGUGAAAAUACUGUGUAUGAGUAACUAGAACACUUUUUAUUAUACAUUAGCAACUUAAUCUGUUCUCUAAUGAGGAGAAUAUGUUCUAAACCUUUUCUGGUAUUUACAUGUUUUAUGUAGAUGUUAUGACUGUAGUAAAUCCACAAUUUUCUCUCAGAAAGUUAUUUAUUUUAACUUAUAAUUAAAAAAAAGGUGUUGCUGUAUAACUUAAGAACGUUAUUACUCUCUUAUAUGCUUUUAACUCACAACCUGUUGCAUUAAAAGGGUUAAAACAUGUUUUGUGUUGUAACGCUUUGACCACCAUGUCAUUUCUGCGAAGUUCAAAGUAAACCAGCAAUUGGAUCCUUGAUGGUGAUAAAAGAACUGCUGUCCUUUGAAAAAUUGGAGUCCAGUGAAAAACUAACAAUGGAGGCCUUCUGUCCUUCCUUACAUCUCCCUUGUAUCCUCUACUACUCAAAAUCAACGUUACGUUUUAUCAAGUUAUCCCCAUAAUUGUGAGCCACUGGCCAAAGUAUCUAAACUUCUGGCUACAAAAAACUGUUUUUUAUCAGUUCAAAUUUUAAAUAUUUAUCACAAUUAAAAAUUAAAGUAAAGAUGUCUUCUUUCACCAGUUGAAGUCAGGACUAAACCUACAACUAGCUAUAAAAGUGUGUUUGAAUCAAAUCUCCAUAAAUCAUUUAACUUUUUUAUUUUAACUCAAUUUUAAGUAUUAGGAAGUCAAAAUGAAGUGACCUGGAUAAAAUAUAGGGAAAUAACAACAUACUGUAUCAAUCAAAAUUCAAAAUCAUAUGUACAGUAUGUUAAAUUAAUUUGUCUUGUAUUUAGGGACUUUACUUGAUUUGUUUCUUGUUGAUUUAAUUGUUUCUUAAAAUAUAUAGUAACCAGUUUCGAUUCACAAAUUCAUGACAAUUUUCUUAAUAAGUCCUCAAACCAAUGUACAAUGUACGAUUGACAAUUUGUAUUUUCUAACAAAUCCAAUAAAACAACAUUCACUGUAAUUAAUCUGUACUACCCCUCAUGUAUCACAUAUAAUACAGACACGAAGACCUGGUGUGAACAAUUAGUAUAAUGACACUACAUUGGUGAGUUGUGGGAGAGAGGUGUUCUAGGAACAUGUAGGGCCUGUCCUUUGCUCUGGGAUUGGUUGUGUGCACUUUAUUUGAUCUCAGUGUCCUCAAAGAAAAUGAAUAUAUAUUUGUUAUUCACAGCAUCUUGGAUGUCCUUACAUGCAAUGUUUGCCUCGGCAGCAGACUUGUCAAAUGAGUGCUAUGGAUUAUAAUUUUAACAUAUGAAAAACAAUACAAAGAGAUAUUUUCUAAAACCAAUGAUUACAACCAAUUACACUUUCUUUCUUUCUAACAUACAAGUAAAUAGUUUUUGUAUGUUUGUCUGUUUCCAUCACCAGCAAUCUUCCUCAUUGAAAUUUGGUGGCUUUUACUAUCUCAUACAAUCAGAUGUUUGUAGUACAAGAGACAUUUUUUAAGUAAGGGUUAGGUUUUACGAAAGCAAAGCAUUUUUCAAGAAAAAUUUAAUUUUAGUUUCUAUAUAUUCUCAUUAUUUUUCUUAGUUCCCUUGUUUAUUUAGGCUUUGUCAUACUUUUAAAAAAGUCCUUUUCAAAAACAUUUGCCACCUAUUCUGACAGGCAGAAGUUGAUGUUCGUUUUCACUGUUUAAAUACUUCCCUGCAAGGUUGUGUUUCAGGUGCCAAGAAAUACGAUGAUCCAAAACUUAGCUGAAAGAGUCAAUAAUCUCCUUAGUCUAUGUUUUUUCCUCACUAAUUAUUGUUUCAGUAGCACUCACCAUAUCUUCAGUGAUCACAGAUGGUCAACCUAAAAGUCAUUAAAGUUUGCACAGCCACCCUUAAACUUUCUCACUUUACCUUCACUCAUUGCUUUAUCACCACAAAUCUAACAAUGUAUGCCUUCAGCCAACACAUUCCUUGCAUUCAAAACAUUAUCACUGGCCGUAUCUUACACAAAGCAGGUGGUACAAUAAAGUUUAAAAUUGUACAGUUAAUCCUACAGGUUAGCUGGAUAAUUACAAAUAGGGCAUGAUUAUUUGCUAGGGAUGCUGGGAGAUGUGCACACUCGUUGCGAGACCUGUCUGAACUACAGCAGCCCUAAUAACAACUCUUACUUAAAAAAGUCCUUUGUAUUUCAAGAGUUUUUAAGCGCUAUCUCUAUAUGACUAUGGUGGUCAAACAUGUAUAAUUAAUUUAAACUAUUAUUACUUAGAAAUGUACUUAAUAACUUGCUAAGUACUUCAAAGAAAAUGAUGAAAUAAAUGUUUUGUUGAUUUUA